AUGGAUCCCCUAUCCAUCACUGCGUCAGCCAUUACGCUGAUACACGCUGCAAGCGCUAUUACCACGUCCUUGCGUCGACUCUCCACCUCCCUUCGUACGGUCGAAUCUCGUGUCUCGGGGCUCUGCGACGAACUCGUCAGUCUCACGUCCUUUUUAGAGGCCGUCGAGCGCACCCUGAAGGGAUGCAAAGUUCACGACUUGGCCCACGUCGAAGGAGAUCUCUGGCGGCAGAUUGAGCUUGCAUUGGCUGAUUGCCAGACGACACUCGAUGAAUUAAGUGUCCUUGUAAAUGAAAUCAAGGAGAGCUCGAGAGCCAAAGGCCUCGGAUGGCGGGCGCGAGCUGCAUUGGACUUAAGUGUCCAUGGUGCCGAUAUUGCGACCUUCCGGGACAGGAUCCACAAGUCCAACUGGGCACUUCAGACAAUGCUGCAUACUAUCACUGUGAGCAAUGCCUCUCAGGAGGUGAUUCUGUUUGAGCUCGAUCGACUCAAGUCCUCCAUCGAUGAGGCUCUCCGGGCCUCACUGAGACCUGCUGGGCAGUUUAGUCAAUGCUUCGAAUCAGAUUCAAGAGUAGCUCGGAACUUGCGAAAUCUAGCGGCAGCGGCAAAGCAGUUCCACUCUGCCGCAAGCUCUGCUACCAUUAGUACCAUCCAUGACGGAAGUGAGCAGAUACCUUGGCCAUCUCACUCCGGUACUCGAGGAAGUUUUGUCUGCGACUUUCCAGCUCACAAGCGGGAGUGGGUUGAAAUGUGCCUCGAGCAAACAGAGCGACAAUCUCCCGCCGUGACCGCGCCUGCCAAAAGCGAGUCGCCAGAGAUCCCACGACCAUUGCCGACUACAGUUCUCCCUCCACUCGUGAUACCAACCUCAACAGAGACGAUCACGGAGGAGGACGACGACGAAGAAGAAGACGCCGAAUUCAAGCGCCUGUUUCUCGACGGGCUAGAAGACCUCGCAAGAGACAGCAUCAGAGUCGGUGACUUCUGGAACGCGAUCGGGUUGCUAAAGAAGGCGUUGAAAGGGGAAGAGGUUUCGGAACUAGGAAGUAGCUACUGCUGCCGCCUCGAGGUCCAACUCUCGCUCUGCUAUCUCCUCGAAGACCAAUGGAGACUGGCCGAGCCUAUCGUCCUGAAGCUUGUAAAGACCACCGCGAAUGCAGAUCUAGUCGUGUGCAAUAUGCUCCAUGCCAUUUCUCUCGACUAUCUCAAGUCAUACGACUUCAAGAGUGCCCUGCAACAUUGCCAGAAGUCAUUGCAAGCUAAGAAGAGAUGGUUAAAGCGGCAGAAAACAAACUGGCAGAAUAGUCUUGACUAUGCCGAAACGUUGGGACUGCUAGGCACAAUUUUCAGCAUGCAAGGAGACUAUAUCUCGGCUGAGAUCUAUCGACGGCGACUUCCUCUAGGCUUUGUCUAUGAACAUCCUGCAAGCCCUUUUGAAUUCAUCGCUAAACACCGCCAUCAGCUGAAAGAAGUACUCGGGGACGAUAUGCCAGAGUUCUUCUACCCGUAUAGCAAUCAUGCACCCUGCGAGCUUGAGGCGGCCGUGCCCGGUAAAUAUUUAGGGCUAAUGCCAAAGCAAACCAUCCGAAAGAGCCAAACCAUUCGCAGGAGCCAGACUCACAAUAACGGCGGGGGCAUAUCUCCGCUGAGGACUAGGCGGUACGAGUGGGAGCGGUACGAAAGUGAUACAACAAAAGAAGCCGUCUUGCCUCCCCUAUACGCCUGCCCCGAAGUCGAGGUUGAUACCGACCAGGGGUCAGUUCGGCUUCCAAACCAAAACUCACCUCUUAGGCGCAAGCUCACGCGACUAUUUGGCCCGAGAGAACGACAAAAUCUAUCACCCGGUGAGGAUAUGGGUGACGAGGAAAGUCCGAGUUCUUCUACUUCCCCCUUGACGCGGUGGUUCAUGGGCCGUCACAUUUUCGGUCUGAAAGUCUCCCGGGCUUACUUACGCAAGAGAUCAAGUGACGAAGUAUUGCCGUCAACCCUUGACAGAGAGCGUCGAUACCAAAGAGCAUUUAGACUUCUGCGCAUGGAGAAGGUGACGCACGAUGAUUAUUUUGCCUCGAACGACAUAAAAUGCGGGCAACCUUCCAUGACAUCCCUCGUUUUAGGAGAUCUGGGAAGGAUGGCGCGUGGCGAGGAUUUACAGGACCGAAGCCCUAGGGAAGGCCGUCUGCAAGAUCGUUCAGACCAUCAACUUCAAAAUGGAAUGCGCCUUGAGAACAUGGGAAGAGAUGAUUCCGCGGAUCGGCACAGUUUUCCGGGCCAUGAUGGCAUGCCUCUUCAACCAACAAUAGCGGAGUUGCCUGAAGACUGUAUAAGGGCAGAGUUGCUAUGCGACCCUGUUCGUUCGAAAAGGCGCGGAUAUAACGAGCCUGAUCAACCUGAUCCACCUGAUCCACCUGAUCAAACGACGCUGCCUCUCAACACCUACUCCUCAUCAUCUUCUCAAAUGAAUGCAGCCGUAUCAUCAGAUGACGAGGCAGCUAUGCCGUUCUCAGCCGUGCCAAUCAGGGAGGACCGUUCUAGUACAUAUGAGGGAACUUUUGCAGUAACGGGUGAGAAGCCGGCCUCGUUAAGCUUGUCCCCCAGAGCGCAUCGGGCAGAGGCAGAAGAAGCCAUGAACGGUCUCGGUGAUAUCGAGCACCUUGACAACCCCAAGGGGGAUGACGGCGGCAACAUCCACUCACACCCUAUGCUAUCCUCUAGACCUGAUAUGAACGAUGGAGCCCUAUCUACUACAUUCGCCAGCUUAGCGACAAUUUUAGCUUCCAUACCGAAUCUGAAAGAUGACAACGCGCGCCAUUUUGUCAGGCUGAAGCUCGGUGUCAUUUUGUCACGCCAGAAGCGCUUAGGCAAUGAUGAUACACUUGGAUAUGACCUGCGAAGAAUCAUCGAGUCGCUCGGCGACGGCGAUCCCCCGCGUCACAGGGAAGGGGAUGACUCCGCAUUGGAACCAACCAACCACGACAAAAUCGUUCCGUUAGAGGCUGAGGCGGAGUGCCCACCAUUACCAGAAAACGGAAUUAUGGAUUCGAAGCCAUCUGAUGAAAGACUAGCCUUGAAAAGAGCAUUCUCCUGGGUGACCAAGGACGAGUCGGCCUAUAUUGCUAUGCCAUCCUAUACCGAGAUUGAAACCGACACCGAGUCGGUUGGAGGAGCAGCGGCCAUGCUUCGAAAGGGUGAUAGGAAAUACGCGGCGGAGGAGGCCAUUGUGUCCCGCACACUCCACCAACAAGCCAAGGCGAAUCCAAAGCUUGCAAAAGUCCUCUUUUCUUCAAGCAGCCCUCCCCAGCCGACGUCGAGUCAAGAUGGAAACAUCAAGGAUGCGUUCCGUAGGAAGGAUCCGACGAGGUCGACCCAGACUCCCCUCUUCGCCGCCUUUGCUGGUCCUGGUGCACCGUCACCACUUGGCCCUAAGUCGGCCAAUCUCCAAUCGAACCCUCCCCCUCGAUUCCAAUCAAUUUGUGCCACGAACGAUGAUCCAUUCAAGGAUGAGGUCCAUGGAAAACCCUGGAACAAUGAGAAUUUCUCCAUUGCGCAGGAUUUAGCCUGGCUAGCAGACAAUCUAAACGAUAACGAAUUCGACGACGAUGACCUCUUACCUCCUUCAGAACCAACUCUACCCCCCGCCCAGGAACCCGUCAAGGUUAACGCACCAUCUGUUCCCCAACAAAAGAUCAAUACCUCGACAGUCACCGCAAAGAUGGAGACGCAACCGGCUCCUGCACCCAGGGUGUUGGGCCCUAAGAUCGCUCCACCCAUUGCAGAACGUCUCAAUCAGCAACGGAUCCUCGAUUCGUCGCAGGGUACGGCCAUCUCCUGGAGCUCAUCUCCAGAUUACGAGAGCCUUAGAGGCACGAGCGGUACUCGCGAUACUUCUAUUGACGAUAGUGUGACGAGUAAUACUUCCUUUAAGCGGAAGCUAGAGGAUGAUCUUCCUGCUGCUGCUGCUCCCAAACGGCGCAGCUUACCCUUCCCGUCGAAAUCGAACGUGUCCGAGUGCGACGACACUAUAAGCUAUCGCCAUGCUCAAGCUGCCACUGCUACGCCGGCUCCAAAAGCCACGCACGCGCCUCUCGAGUUCACCGCUAGUGCCGUGAAGGAACAGAGGAAAACUCAUCGGCUCCAACACAUGCGAUCCGAGACCGGCUCAGACGGUAUUGUUACAAGUGCGGGGAUGAAGGACUUGUCUAAGGCCGAAAUCCAGGAGAUUACUAGCUCACCCAAGACCAUCGAACCCCUCUUUUUGAGCCAGGAACAGCGGCAGAUUCUUGAUCUUGUAACCCAGAAAAAUCAGAGUGUUUUCUUCACUGGCCCCGCCGGAACCGGAAAGUCGGUCCUAAUGAGAGCUAUUAUUCGCGAGCUGAAGAAAAAAUGGUCCAAGGAUCCCGAGAGGUUAGCCGUGACGGCUUCCACUGGCCUAGCAGCGUGUAACAUUGGUGGUAUCACCCUUCACAGCUUUUCUGGUAUUGGUCUUGGAAAGGAAGACGUGCCAACCCUUGUGAGGAAAAUUCGGAGAAAUCCGAAAGCAAAGACCCGAUGGCUCAGAACCAAAUGUCUGAUUGUCGACGAGAUUUCCAUGGUUGAUGGAGAACUGUUUGACAAGCUGUGCGAGAUCGGAAGGACUAUUCGGAAUAACGGGCGUCCUUGGGGAGGUAUCCAACUUGUCGUCACGGGCGACUUCUUCCAAUUACCACCCGUUCCUGACGGCCAGACUAGGACGGCCAAGUUCGCGUUCGACGCAGCGACAUGGGGCACGUCGAUUCCCCACACAAUCGGUCUCACACAGGUCUUCCGUCAGAGAGAUCCGCAGUUCGCCCAAAUGCUGAACGAGAUGCGUCUCGGUAAAAUCAGCGACGACACGGUCCGCGCUUUCCGCGCCCUUACGCGGCCUCUCCGUUUCGACGAUGGUAUCGAAACAACGGAGUUGUUCCCCACGCGGCUGGAGGUGGAACGUUCGAAUUCGAAGCGACUUAACGACUUACCGGGCCGGUCAUAUCGCUAUGAUGCUGUCGACACGGGCGAUGCCAACAUCAAGGACAAGCUCUUGCAGAACAUGAUGGCGCCGAAGUCAAUGGAACUGAAAGUCGGCGCGCAGGUCAUGCUUAUCAAGAACAUCGACGAACAGCUCGUGAACGGAACCAUCGGCAAAGUUAAGCAGUUUAUGACGCAAAACGAAUGGGAAUGCGGUGGCCUGGGGGAGACCACGGAGGAUGGACCAAUCGAUCUGGAAAAGGCCGUGAAGAAGAUCAAGAAGUUCCAAAACAACCAAGACAUCACUAAGACGUUAAUCGAAUUCCCUAUCGUCGAAUUCCUUUGCACAGACGGAAGCCGUCGUACCCUCCAAUGCGUCUACGACGAAUGGAAGGUUGAACUCCCGAACGGCGACGUCCAGGCGAAGCGCUCACAACUACCCCUCAUCCUCGCCUGGGCCCUUUCCAUCCACAAGGCGCAGGGCCAGACGCUAGAGAGAGUCAAGGUGGACCUGACGCGCAUCUUCGAAAAGGGACAGGCCUACGUCGCGCUCAGCCGAGCCACCAGCCAGCAGGGUCUGCAGGUUCUCAAAUUCGACAAGUCCAAGGUCAUGGCCCACCCCAAGGUCGUGGGAUUCUACAACCGGCUUUACAGCGCCGAACAGGCCUUGGGCGGCAAUAAUAAGCCUGCGGGCCAGCAGACGAUACAGAGCAUGUUUGGCAGCUAG